AUGACUCAUUCUUCCUUCAACGUAGCAGCGGCACUACUGUGCAAUGGGUGUCGAUGUCUUAGCUUCUCUGCUCUUAAGCAGAUACUGACAGGAGCAACCACUGGAAGGUGCAUCGACAUCUGCUCCCGUAACCCUCUCACCACAAAGCUAGGGUCUUGUCUUGGUCGCUUUGUGGAUCACGGAAGGUCGAUUGGUAUUGAGAUGCCCAGUCCGGUCUCACCAAUCGCGAUCACUUACCUACCUAUUUAUACAUCGAUUGCCGAGAGUCGAUUGCCGAGAGUCGAACGCGAUCCCCAGUGUCACCCUUGGCUCUUCCCUUGGUCCUGGUGUUGCUCCGUUGCGCCUGUCCAACCCUUAUUUCCGGUAAUCCUGGCUGCCUCCAACUGGUCCCUGCUUGGUUUGUCCAGUCUCGCGUUCAACGGUGUUGGUCACAACCGGUCUCCUAGUGGACCAGAGGACGGAGGAAUCCUUUUCGGUUUCUCGCCAUAGAAAUAUGGUAGUGUCCUUUUGGUUGGAUGCCUUGUUCUCCCGGUCUGGUCUACUAUGGUGGGAAAAACCUAACUUAUACAGUAAGUCGCUCCGUGUCAAAACAAGCAUCAGCACCCACCCCUACACUUACCUACCCUCACUCACACUCACUCACAUUCACACACACAGAAAAAAAGGAAGGGACUUACCAUACGUGAUCGAAAAGAGAAGAGAAAAAGCGAUGAGUCUAGCCUUGAGAGUCGAUGUUGAGAGUCGAUUGCCGAGAGUCGAUUGCCGAGAGUCGAUUGCCGAGAGUCGAUGUUGAGAGUCGAUUGCCGAGAGUCGAUGUUGAGAGUCGAUUGCCGAGAGUCGAUUGCCGAGAGUCGAUUGCCG